CAAACUCCGGAAGGACCGUGUAUACAGCCAUCGUAUACCAUCCACGUUCGUCCAUUUGUAAUGUUAAAUAUGAGAAUCCAGUUUCCAGGCCAGCGCCUCACAUGAAGACAUAUUUUGCUCGCUGCAGGCGGCACCUCGGCCAUGGUCCGAAGUUGGACGAGCGGGGACUGCGCGGCGAGUGCAAACACUGAAGAUGUUGCACAGAAAAACCCACGACAGGACGUAAGACUACUGCUAAUCAAGGGGAUAAAUGGCCACACAUGGACAAGAAACACACAUAAUUUUCAGCCUCAGGGACUAGAAGAAAAUACCCUUGGCGUUCCUGAAGCACGUGGAAUGAUGCAAUCCGGGAUCAGCAGCCUGAGGCAAAAACUGAGGUUUCGAUAAACAGGUUUGGGACGGCUUUCGCCCUAGGUAAAAGAGCAUGGACACGCGUUGGCAAAUAUCAUCGCACAAAAAAGACGGUCAAGCCGCAGCUAGAUAAAGAAGAUACGACAAUUAGUGAGCCUGCGGCAUUCUGCCGUUCGAUUUCUAAGAUGGUUCUAUUGGUAGGCGCGCAGGACUCCCCUUGCUGGAGGGCUAUUGCGUGCUGGAAAGGAACGAGGUCGGACCGGAGCUAGCUGUGCGUGCGAUGGCGUGCUUGCAGUCGGGUAUCCAGCACAGAAUUUUGAUUUCAAACGAGGAGGCUACGGGGUUUUACCAGACAGUGGCGCCAUCAUAUUCGCCUUUUCCUCCUUUCCAACACAUCCAAUCCUCUCUCUUCCUUAAAUUCUUCACUGUCCGUUACAGGUGCUCUGUGCUUCUUGCUUGCAUCAAAAGCAUUCUAGAUCUCUACGUGCCUGAACAGCCUGAGACUCUCCCUGCCGCGUUUUACUCCAUUUGGUUCAGAAAACAGAAUUAGUCCUACGGAGCGUGACGAACCUGUAUCAUCAUGUCUUCUCCUGCGCUCGAGAGAUCAGCCUCACGCGAGGAUAUCGAGUCUGGCUAUGCCUCUGCCAGCUCAGAGAACGGUGGCUUGACUGAUGUCUAUUUCACCAAGCCUCACCUGAAAUUCCUUAACAAGCAACUGAACCAGCUUGAGCCAGAAGAUAUUCUCAAAUGGUGUGUCACCUCGCUGCCAAAUCUGUUCCAGACCACGGCCUUCGGUCUCACUGGUCUCGUCACCCUUGAUAUGUUGUCAAAGCUCGACACACCUAUCAAGCCCAAUGUUGAUAUGAUCUUCCUUGACACUUUGUACCACUUCCCUGAGACCUUGUCGUUAGUCGAGCGCAUCAAGGAGCGUUAUCCUAACAUCAAGCUUCAUGUCUACAAGCCAGAGGGUGCAGAGACUACCGCAGAGUUCGAGGCCAAGUAUGGCGAGCGUCUGUGGGAAUCCAACGAAGAAUACUAUGACUGGGUCGCCAAGGUUGAACCUGCCCAACGCGCCAACACCGAACUCAACGUCAAGGCGCUUCUCACUGGUAGGAGAAGAAGCCAAGGCGGCAAGCGAGGCGAUCUUGAUAUCAUUGAAGUCACCGAAGAAGGCAUCAUCAAGAUCAACCCGCUUGCCAACUGGUCCUUCAAGCAGGUCAAAGAUUACAUUGACCAGCACAAUGUUCCCUACAAUGAGCUCUUGGAUCGAGGCUACAAGAGUGUAGGUGACUGGCACUCUACACAGCCUGUGAAGGCCGGCGAAGAUGAGCGGGCUGGGCGAUGGGCUGGUCGUCAAAAGACCGAGUGUGGUAUUCACAACAAGAAAUCAAGAUACGCGCAGUUCCUCAUGGAGCAAGAAGCUAAAAGACAACAGGAGGAAUUGAGCAAAGCUUUGGAAGCGGUAGAGGUCAAGGCAUAGCGUAGGGUCGUCAAUAUUGGACAUGCAUUUGACGAGAAAACGAGUGUGAUGAGAUGAAUAUUUGUAGCAUAUUAGCAUUGGAGUUUUUGGGGAUUGAUACCAAGGAAGAAAUUCAAAGAUACAGCCAUGUAAGCUAUUGCUUGAUAAAGAGCGGUUGUAAACCGACAAAUACAAAAAUACUGUAGAGUAACCACCAUCCUCAUCGAAGUCAGGAUGAGACAGCUGUCAGAGACAAAUAUGGUUUCUUCUAUUUUCAA